AUGCGCUCAAUGAAAAUUGAUCGACCUGAAAAAGGAGAAAAGCUUGCUUUUCACAAUAGAUCUCAAAUCCAUGCUGAGAAAAAAAUGUUGAGCUUUAUGGUAAAAUUGCAAGAGUUAAAUGCGUCUGCAGCAGAUGUGAAGAGGAACGUUGUCGCUUCGCUGAGGGUGGCACCAGUAGGCGAUGGGCAUCAUGGAAGGGACUUCUACAAAUUCUUCCUCACUACUUAUCCCGAACACCGCCGAUUCUACAAAGGAGCUGAGAAUAUUAGCGGUGACGAAAUUAUGAAAAGCGAGAGAUUCGAUAAGCUUGGAGACGCCAUUCUUCUAUUUGUCCAUGUUUUGAGCAACACUUAUGACAAUGAACCCGUGUUCCGCGCUUUUACCCGCAGAGUUAUGCUUGAGCAUUUUGAAAGGAAUAUUGAUCCUGCUUUGUGGAAUAUUUUCUUCUCUACUUUCUGGCAGGGAUAUCUGCAGAGCAAAGGGGCCAAUUUGACUGCUGAUCAAAAGGAAGCUUGGAACACUUUGGGUUCAAUGUUCAGCCAGGAAAGCCAGGCAUACUUGAACAAAAUGGGCCGCCCCCAUGCUUAG